ACUGUAUUAGGAUGCCUUGAGUUGGUUAUUAAUUAGUUGGGACCAUGUUAAAAUGAGGCAGCAUAUAAUCCAGAGGUACCCCCAGCUAGGAUUACCUGGAUUGGUUUUUUGACUGUGACUGCUGAUGUCAAAAGGGAAGAGAGAGACUUCUCCAACGACUGUAUUCCUGGAUGUGGCUUCUUCCCAUUCUGGCCACCAGCAUACACAGCCUGUUCCGUGUAGAAAAGAAGUGAUUGCUACAAGCUUCAUCAAAGAACGGUCCAAAGUCAACGCAGUUCCUUUGAAGAAUAAGAAGGCCUCCAGUUUCCAUGAAUUUGCCCGGAAUACCAGUGAUGCUUGGGACAUUGGUGAUGAUGAGGAAGAGGACUUUUCCUCCCCUCCUUUCCAAACUCUAAACUCAAAAGUUGCUCUGGCAACCGCAGCCCAAGUCCUAGAAAACCACAGCAAGCUGAGGGUGAAACCAGAACGCUCCCAGUCAACAACAUCCGAUGUUCCUGCCAGCUACAAGGUCAUAAAGUCCAGCAGUGAUGCUCAGCUGUCCAGAAAUUCCAGUGAUACAUGCCUGAGGAACCCGCUCCACAAACAGCAGUCACUCCCUCUCCGACCCAUCAUCCCCCUGGUUGCCCGCAUCUCGGACCAGAAUGCGUCUGGGGCGCCCCCGAUGACUGUCCGGGAGAAAACCCGCCUAGAAAAAUUCCGUCAGCUUCUCUCCAGCCACAACACUGACUUAGAUGAACUGAGGAAGUGUAGCUGGCCAGGGGUUCCCAGGGAGGUUCGACCUGUAACCUGGAGACUCCUGUCGGGCUAUCUCCCAGCAAACACCGAGAGGAGGAAGUUGACCCUGCAGCGGAAGCGGGAGGAAUAUUUUGGCUUCAUUGAGCAGUAUUAUGACUCUCGAAAUGAGGAACAUCACCAGGAUACCUACCGCCAGAUUCACAUUGACAUUCCAAGGACAAAUCCGCUCAUUCCGUUGUUCCAGCAGCCACUUGUGCAGGAGAUCUUCGAAAGAAUUCUAUUUAUCUGGGCCAUCCGACACCCUGCCAGUGGGUAUGUCCAGGGAAUUAAUGACCUGGUCACCCCGUUCUUUGUCGUCUUCCUCUCAGAAUAUGUGGAAGAGGAUGUGGAGAACUUUGAUGUGACCAAUUUGUCUCAGGACAUGCUUCGAAGCAUUGAAGCCGACAGCUUUUGGUGCAUGAGCAAGCUGCUAGAUGGGAUCCAGGAUAACUACACCUUUGCACAACCAGGGAUCCAGAAGAAGGUCAAGGCGCUGGAAGAGCUUGUCAGCCGGAUUGAUGAGCAGGUACAUAAUCACUUCAGGAGGUACGAGGUCGAAUACCUACAGUUUGCCUUUCGUUGGAUGAACAACCUGCUCAUGCGGGAGCUUCCCCUUCGCUGCACCAUCCGCCUAUGGGACACAUACCAGUCUGAACCAGAAGGGUUCUCCCACUUUCAUCUCUACGUGUGUGCAGCCUUCUUGAUCAAGUGGAGAAAAGAGAUCUUGGAUGAGGAGGACUUUCAGGGCCUCCUGAUGCUGCUACAAAACCUACCUACGAUACACUGGGGCAACGAAGAGAUCGGGCUGCUUCUCGCUGAGGCAUACAGACUGAAGUACAUGUUUGCCGAUGCCCCUAAUCACUACCGUCGGGACAGAAGCACCUGCACUCAGGACCCUUCCAGACCUCACCUUAUGUACUUCAUCUGGAUGUUCCUCUAUGAUAGACCAGUAAAUAUAAAAUUCUCAGGCAGUUCUAUUUUGAACAGCAUUUUUAGUCGUCAUAAGUGGAAGAGAGAGACUGCAGUGGGCUUACGCCGUCUUGUCUAGCACCAGAAAUCCUCCAAAGGUUUUCGUCCACAACCUACAGUAAAAAACACGUUUUACAUUGAGCCCAGUACACAAACACAGACACAUACACAAAUAAUGAACAUUUCACAAACAGUAUGUACCCUUCCUAUGUGUGAUGGCCUAUGACCUGUUCUAUUGUAUUUCAUUUUUCAAAAAUGCUGAUCAAGAGUCAUUACUGAGUGUUAACUUGAAUUUGAAAAACACAGCUCUGCAUGUGCCUACUGAAAUGGGAGAGAGAAGCCUGCUGCUAGCUGAAAUAAACUUGAGCACGUUUCAACAAGUCCUGAAUAAUAAAUAUCACAGCUGAUAAUGCAAUAAAUUUGUAAGUCAAAAAAAUGUGAUGAGAAUUGCAUUAUAACCUUGGAUUAUAGAACUCAAGGUUCUCCGUGUGAGAAACACUCCCACUCUCUCUCCCUGUUCCCCAACCCCAGACAAAGGUGAAUUGAAUUAGGGAUUUCUGCGUUUUUUUGUAGUCCAAAAAUAGCCAACGCAGAGUGAUAGGAUUCAAUUGUAAGUCACCCCAAGCCUAUUUUAUAUUAGGCACCUGAUACCGUGUAUUAGUUGCAAAAUAAACAGCCUGAAGCUAACUCUGUAAGGAGAAGAAAACAAAGCAGUAAUUAUUGAUACCUGAUUCUCACUGUCUUCUUUCCCUCUGUCUUGCCUACCUCCUCCUUUCCUCCCUCCAUCUCCCCCUCAAUAAAAUCAGAUGGGUAAUAAAUAUUUGAAGUGGGUACUGAUCCCUGGCAAGUUAAAGGGUGCGGACACUUAAAGAAACAGCCGGAGCCCCAACCAAAAAGGAAUGUGGUAGUUUCCUACAGAACUACUUUCACGGACCUCCGAAACACCCACCUUAAUUACUGAUUAAGGUACCUCCAGAAUACAAUAAACUUGAUGACUCAUUAUACACACUUCCAAAAUAACUUUUUAACUUGAUUAAAAGUAUCAGAAAUAUCUUAACAAUUGUAUACUUAAAAUCCCAUGUUUACACAAAAUAGCACUUAAUACACAAGCUGUCCAAAGCAGAUGGUCCCUUUUUCCCUCCUCACCUACUUCUGGUUUUCUAAAACAUUUCCCUUUCAAAAAUAAAAGGCAUCUUUCCGUGAUUCCUUCAGCAUAGAGCCUUACAGCUGGGGGUGGGCAGGGAAGAGAUGGUAGAAUAAAAGAGUAAGAAAAAAGGAAGAGUGAGUGAGAAUGUGGAGCCAAGAACCCCACCUCCCCACCCCUGACACACACACCCUAAGGCUGGAUCACUCCAUCUGGGAUCUCACCUCCCCCCAGACACCCUGAAAUCUUCCAAGUCUAGUGAACACAGAUGACUAAAUGCAGCAGUCUAUUGAGAAGUUGGCCUGUGAUCUCAGGAUCAGAGAGUACUGAAGAAGAAACACGGAACUUCGCUUGAGAUGCUACAUCAGACCCCUUUCUUUGCUCAAUCUUUUGAAGACAUAAAAAAAAGUUCUGCCUCACCCUUACUGAACCUCACCGAGGGGAACCACGCUUCAAAUCAGUGAGCAGAGCUGUACCACCAGAAUGGAUCAACCCUUGCUCACAGUGGGAACUAUUUGCUUUAGACGUUUUAAAACACCCAUCUUGCUUGGAGAUGGGUAACAGAAGUCUAAAAUUGACUGAAGGGAUUUCUAACUUUAUAAUAAACCAAUUUAAAGAGGAGAAGACAUCUUGUUUCUGGUCUUUUAGACAAGAGAACAUAGAGAAGGCCCAGGGAGAGAGACUUUUCUACCUGCCGGGGGUAGCUUCUGCAGCACUGACGCUCCAUUCUUCUACGAUAGUAGCUCAUGGCGAUUGGGUACUUACUAUGUACCAAGCAAAACUAUCUUACAGGAAUUCACCAGAUUAAUCCUCCUAACAAUCCUGUAAGUCGAGCGUUACCCUUAUCAUCACCCUUCUCUUAUAAAUGGGGAAGCUCAGGUUUGAAGAAGUCAAGUAACCUGCCUAAGGUCUCAUGUCUGGUAAGUAGCAGAGGUAGAAUUUGAACUCAGGCAACGUGGCUCCGAACUCCACAUGCCUCACCACCAUGCCACAGUAGCCUCUAAGUUUCCCACUGAAUUCAGGGCUGACCUUACACAAAAGCCACAGAGUGAGCAAAAUGUGAU